AGAGACUCUUUAAAGCAUUCAGUUGGAUGAUGAAUGGCUAACAUCUACAUGAAUCACCAAAACUGUUUCAAGUCUCUUUCUUGCGGGCAUCUCUGUUCCUGGAUCCCUGACUUCUUCCUCUGCAAAUAAGACGCAUUUUCUUCUGCCAUACGUACUCACAGAGAGAGAAAGAGAGAGAGUGUGUGUGUGUGAGAGAGAGAGAGAGAGAGAGAGAGAGAGAGAUGAAGCAUUAUUGGGUUCUGGUUUUUCUGGCUCUGUUACUGAUCCGAACGGAAGGCACGUUCAUCAGAACCAAAGGAGUCCACUUCGUCUUGAAUGGAAGCCCUUUUUACGCCAAUGGCUUCAACGCAUACUGGCUAAUGUAUCUGGCUUGUGACCCUUCUCAGAGAAGCAAAAUCUCCUCCGCUUUCGAGGCGGCCCGAAGCCACGGCCUCGUGAUUGCCAGAACCUGGGCUUUCAGCGAUGGCGGAUACAGAGCCCUACAGGACUCGCCUGGCUCUUACAAUGAGCAGACCUUUCAGGGGCUGGAUUUUGUUGUGUCCGAAGCGAGAAAAUAUGGGGUUAGGCUAAUCCUGUCUUUGGUGAAUAACUAUGAGAACUUUGGAGGGAAGAAGCAGUACGUGGAAUGGGCAAGAAGUCAGGGCCAAAACCUGGCCUCUGAUGAUGAUUUCUUCACUAACUCUGUCGUAAAGCAAUUUUACAAAAACCAUAUCAAGAGUGUUCUUACAAGGCGAAACAGCAUCAAUGGAAUUGAGUACAGGGAUGACCCCACAAUCAUGGCUUGGGAGCUUAUGAAUGAGCCCAGAUGCACUUCGGAUCCCUCGGGAAAGAUGAUCCAGGGUUGGAUUACAGAGAUGGCUUCUUACUUGAAAUCCAUAGACCGUAAUCACUUGCUGGAAGUGGGUCUAGAAGGAUUUUAUGGGCAAUCAGCAUCUAAUAAACAACCAUACAAUCCCAAUUUUCAAGUGGGAACAGACUUCAUUGCAAAUAAUCAGAUACCCGAAAUUGAUUUUGCCACGGUUCACUCGUAUCCCGAUAUUUGGUUAGCAGGAGAAAGCGACGAAAGCCAGCUCUCAUUCUUAAGCAACUGGGCAGCCAAUCACAUUCAAGACGCGCAGAGCGUUCUUCGUAAGCCGAUUCUCUUUGCAGAGUUCGGGAAAUCAUGGAAAGAUCCCGGCUUCAACACCGACCAGAGGGACCUUGUGUUCAACACGGUUUAUUCGGCGAUCUACUCGUCGGCGAGAGGCGGAGGAGCUGCCGCUGGCGGGCUGUUCUGGCAGCUUCUGACGGAAGGAAUGGACUCUUUCAGGGACGGGUAUGAUGUGGUAUUCGCGGAAAGCCCCUCCACGGCGGCUGUGAUCGCUGAACAGUCGGUUAAGCUGAACAAGAUCCGGAAGAUGUAUGCCCGGCUCCGAGAUAUUGAGAUGUGGAAAAAAGCGAAGGAUAUGAACAACAAGGGUGGAGAUUCUGGGAACUGACGAAACACGGUUGUAGAGGAUUGCAGAAAGUUGGAAGUUCAUUAAUGCUUGGGGAUCAAACUAGGUUUUAAAUGCCAUUUGCUUCCAGAUGAAAUUCGCUUUAAAUGCAAAUACAUAAAGUAGCCAGGGCUACUGUAUCUUACAUUCCCCAAAAGUAUAUAUAUUUUAUUUUUAUGCUAAA